UUGCAGGACCAGAGCCCUAGUGGGGUACAUUUUUCAUGAAAGCCUCCAGGGCGGUAAUGUUACCAGUUGGGAGUUGACUCUUUCCAAUUCAGCAAACAGAGUGAGUCAGUUCCAGGAAGGGAAACACCCCCUUGCUGCUGCAGGCGGGCCUGGUGAAAUUGACAUUUACCCUGUUACACUGCCCAGAGGAGCCAUGGCUGCAGAGAACCCUGUGGAAAGUCUCCAGGAGGAAGCUACAUGUCCUAUCUGUCUGGAGUAUUUCACAGAACCUGUCACUCUGGAGUGUGGGCACAAUUUCUGCCGAGCCUGCAUCGCCCAGUGUUGGGAGGGAUCCACUACAGCUGUCUCCUGCCCUCAGUGCAGAGAAACUGUGCAGCAGAGAAACCUCAGGCCAAACAGGCAGCUGGCAAAUGUGGUAGAAAUAGUCAAACGGCUGAGUUUACGGGCAGCAAAAGGAGCAGGAGGGGAUGGGGUGUGUGACAGACACCAGGAGGCUCUGAAACUGUUCUGCGAAGAGGAUCAAACCCCGAUCUGUGUGGUGUGUGACAGAUCCCGGGCUCACGGCGCUCACACGGUGGUUCCCAUAGAGGAGGCUGCCCAGGAGUACAAGGAAAAAAUCCAGGCCCAUUUGAAGACUCUGAGGGAAGAAAGAGAAAAGCUGCUGGGAUUUAAAGUGACUGGAGAGGGGAAAAGCCAGGAGUAUCUGAAACAGACACAAACCGAGAGACAAAAGAUUGUGUCUGAAUUUCAGCAACUGCGGUGGUUCCUGGGGGAACAAGAGCGACUCCUGCUGUCCCAGCUGGAGAAGCUGGAUGAGGAGAUUGAGAGGAUACAAAAUGAAAAUGUCAGUAAACUCUCCGAGCAGAUUUCCCAUCUCAGUGAGCUGAUCAGUGAGCUGGAGGGGAAGUGUCAGAAGCCAGCGAGUGAAUUCCUGCAGAAUAUCAGAAGCACCUUGAGCAGGUGGGAGAAGGGGAAGUUCCAACAGCCAGAGGAGAUUUCUCCUGAACUGGAAGAGCGAGUCAGUGGUUUCUCCCAGAAAACUAUUGCGCUAUUGGAGGCUCUGAGGAAGUUCAAAGACACUCUGCCGUUUGCACUGGAGACAAAAACAGGGGAACUCCUAGGAGCUCACAGACAGGCGAAUGUGACUCUGGAUCCAGACACAGCUCAACCCCAGCUCGUCCUGUCUCAGGAUCGAAAAAGUGUGAGAUGGGGACACACACUGCAGGGUCUGCCCAACAACCCUGAGAGAUUUGACCCUGAGCCCUGUGUGCUGGGCUGCACCUGGUCUAUCAAGGAUUCCCCUGAGGCGGAGACUUGGCUACCCUGGGACCCUCUGUCUUACAGCAUCACAGACCUCUUCAGAUGUUAA